AUGGCCGAGAAACCCGAAAUCCAGCUCUUCGUCAAGGCAAGCGAGGACGGGGAGAGCAUGGGUCACUGCCCCUUCUGCCAGCGGCUUUUCAUGGUGCUACUGCUCAAAGGGGUGCCCUUCACCCUCACCACUGUGGAUGUGAAGAGGGCACUGGACGUGCUGAAGGACUUCGCACCGGGUGCCCAGCUGCCUGUUUUGCUCUACAAUGGCGAGCCCAAGACUGACACCAUCACCAUUGAGGACUUCCUGGAGGACAAGCUGGGCCCCCCCAUGUUCCCCAGCCUGGUCCCACGGUACAAGGAGUCCAGCCUGGCUGGGAAUGACAUCUUUCACAAGUUCUCCACCUUCAUCAAGAACCCGGUGCCUGCCCAGGACGAGGUGCUGCAGCGGAGCCUGCUGCGGGCCCUGCUGAAGCUGGACGAGUACCUGAGUGCCCCCCUGGAGUAUGAGCUGGCCCACAACCCCCACCUCCGAGCCUCCCAGCGCCGCUUCCUUGAUGGGGACCAGCUCACGUUAGCCGACUGCAACCUCCUGCCCAAGCUCAACAUCGUUCAGGUUGUGUGCCAGCAUUACCGCCGCUUUGGGAUCCCAAAGGACCUGCGGGGCGUGUGGCGCUACCUCAACAGUGCCAGUGAAACCAAGGAGUUCAAAUACACCUGCCCCAACAGUGAGGAGAUUGUACAAGCCUAUCGCUCCGUGGUCCGGUUGCUGCAGUGA